UUUAUAACUAAGCGAGUAAUUUUUAAUUUUUAAUUUUAAUUAAGAUUUUUAUAAAUUUUAUUUUAUUUUAAUUUUAGUUUUAUUUUCGGUUAACUUGAUGUUUAAAAAUCUCAUCUAAAUAUUUUAGAUGGAUUUCAUUAUUAAAAUUGCUGAAAUGAAUUUUUACUUGGGAUUAUUCAUUGUAUUGGUUAGUUUGGUGAAUAAUCUUAAUGAAGCUGAAGAAACUUCUUCGAAAGACAUAACUAAUGACAAAGUUUGUAUAAUUUGUCAUGAAGAAAAAACAUCAGUUUCUUUUAAUAACUGUGUACACAAAAUGUGUAAUUCAUGUGCAAAUGGAGUACUUCAUAAUUAUUAUAAAAAAUGCCCUAUAUGCAAAAAGAUAAAUACUAUAAUUAUUGGUAUUCAACCAGAUACUGAUAAUAUUUGUUAUACUUGUGGAAAUGAACCACUGACAGUAGACAUUGAUUGUAAAAAUAAUCACAAAAUGGGUAAUAAUUGUGCUUAUAGAGCGCUUAAUGUCUUAAAUAUUCGCUAUGUUUGUCCAUACUGCAAUUUAAAAAACAGAGGUUACAAAAAUCUCCAUGAACCUAAAACUUCUCCAAGUGAAGUCGAAAUAUGUGUAUGUAAAUCUGAACCCGUUACGCAUAUAUUAAUGCCUUGUUAUCAUCGUAUUGGAAGUAUAUGUUCAUACUAUAUACCUGAACCUAAAAAACACUGUUAUAUAUGUCGAAGAGAAAUUGUGAAAUGUUUAACUAUAG